AAUAUUUGCUGCGGAAAGUAUGUGAUUGCCGUAUUGAUAACUUAAAGCGAAGCGCCGCCGUGUGGGAAGAAUAUCAAACUGUAUUUUGACUGAAUUAUUAUUUUUCGCAGAGUUUUUCCACCCCUGAACAACUUGCUGAAAGAUGAAAACACCACCGUACGUACGUUACAACGCCCAAGUAUUUUUAACGAAAGCAGAAAAUAUGUUGGUCCUCACUCCGCCCGAUGUCGUGCUCUUUUCUGAGCUUAUAUGGGGCGCGGCGGCUAGAUGCAUUAAGAAGCUUUUUUUCGACAAUUUCAAAAUUACAAUAACAAGUCAUAGUGAUAUUUUUAACUACAUGGACGAAGUUUUGAGUCAUUUUCCAUGCAAUUUAUUUCAGAGAGGAGUUUUAUCAAAAGCGAUCAAUCACGCUAAACACUGUCAUAAGAACUUCUACGCUUUGGGAUUUCUCACUGAUAAAUUUCGACAGAGUAUUCUCAGAUCAAUGCGGAGCAUGGUGGAAAUUAUGAAUACUCCCACAUCUGAACAAAUCAAACGAGCUUUUUAACAUUUGGCGAAACAACGUGUUGACGCUUCAGAUAAUAAACAUUGACGAUUGGGAAUUAUUUAUAUGAAAAUGAUGAUUUAGCCAUUUAAAGAUAGAGUGUGGCCAGAGGGAAAUUUUUUAAAAAACAAGCUUAUGGGGUCACAAUGACGGGAUAUCAUAAAUUAGGAAACGUUUUUAUUGUAUUUUUGAAAAUUUUUUGGAACAUUUUAAAAUCAUGAUAUUUGGUCAUUAUGACCCCAUAUACAAUUUUAAUUUAAUUUAAUUCAAUUUAAUUAACUUUAAAAUUUAAAGCAAUUCUCCCAUUGGCCGCACUCCAUUUUUCUUUAUGAAUUUUUCGCAAUAUUCGACUUUUGUUUCUAAAAUAUUCGGUUGAGCAAUAAAAUGUUUAAUUUUCAAU